CCUUGAAGUGUUUUAAGUUACGUCUCAGGCGGUUAUCUACACCUGGUUGGAUUCUGGUUGCUCUUUGGAAUAGUCUUUAUGGUGCACCUUACCAGACAUGAGAUACAUGGUCCGCAGAAACCUACGUCGGUUAUCAAUUUACUCCGUUCCCGUGAAUUAAGAGGGACUAAAUGCAUUGACAUAAAUCAAAUUCCGGAGUCAUCAUCCAGGCUUCCAUUUGUAUGGCAAAGGCGCACCCUGAGUCCUGGUGACAGAAACAAAAUAUUUGCUUGCCAAUGGAUUACUAACAACCAUAUUGUUUACGGUACUAAAUGUAACAACUUGGUACUGUAUGAUUGUAAUUCCAAUGAAAGUUUCGACAUUCCUUUAAUCAAAUCGGAAAACCAGGAUGCGACGAGUCCUAUCAACCGUUGCGCUUGUGGAAUACACUCUAUUCAGCUCAAUACGUCUAAAACUUUCCUUGCAACUGGAGGAGAUAAUGUCAAUCAUGUCGGCGUCUACAGACUAACGGAAUUUUCCCCACACUGCUUGCUUUCCGAUUGUCACAAGGAUUGGGUUUUUGAUCUGCGAUGGCUAGAUGAUACUUGUCUAGCUUCAUGUUCACGUGAUUCAUCACUGGCUCUAUGGCGUAUUCCAUCUUCCGAUGAAAAUGUGCCAGUAAGGGUUAACAACAGCAUACAUAAGAACGCUGGAAUUAAAUCUGGUACUUCUGUAUUGCAUAUCAAAAGUCCAGUUGCAUAUGCUAAGUCAUCCCUGGCAGACGAUCGUUUCCGUGCAUUGGAAUACCUUCCUACGCAGACUAAUUUGGCAGUCGUAUCUAUGUCGCGUCGCUUAUACCUUUAUGAUGCUGUCCGUAUGGGUCUAGAUAAACAUACACGUCCUAUAUAUACUUUGGUCCUUAGGAAUGCAUAUCCGGAAGCUGUCGCCCUCCGCCGUUGGCCAUCUGAACCUAAUUGUAUAGCACUAGCAACUCAUCACUGUGUACUUUUAUUUGAUAUUCGCUGUUCCACCACCAAAAUCGGAUCUGAAGCACGUUGUAUUCUUCCUCCUUUAGAUGUAGCCGGUGUUCGCUCACUUAAUUUUUCUAAGUCAAUUUUAUCCUAUGGGACGUCUAGUGGUCAAGUGCAUUUCUAUGAUCUUAGAAGUGAUCAUCACCUUCACAUACAACUAGACAUUGGUCCUGGUUGGGUAAAACCACAAAAUUGUGAUGAUUAUGAAAUACCAUCUGUAGCUACUUUGUUAAACACUCUAUCUUCUAGACCUGUAUCAUCACAAUCACAAACAACAACUGGUGGUGGUUGGAAUACUGUGCCUUCUCCACCACCCUCUCCAGCUCAUCCUGUACUAAUAGCAAGUCCAUCAAACAUCGUUCGUCCUAUACAACAACAACCUCAAAGUGAAGCUUUACGUCUACAUAUACAUAGAAUUCAUAAUCAUAUAUUAAAUUUACGUAGUCAAUAUAGAGCUUUCAGUAUGUAUCGAAUUAUGAAUCGAUCAACGCGUAGAAGGUCAAAUAAUACUCAUAAUCGAAAUGGUAUAAUUCGACAAAAUGCUACUGCUGCAACAACAACUACUACUACUACGGAAGAUGUUGCUACCUCUUCAUUAUCUGAAUCUAAUUUCCCAGAUGAUGAUACUCAUAACAAUGAUGGUGAUGGUGAUGAUGAUGAUGAUUACGAUAACGAUGAUGCCGACGACGGUGACGGUGAUGACACUCAUCCUGCAACAAAUAAUAAUGAUGACACUGCCAUUGUAAAUCCUGUAGAUAUAAAUAACCAUGAUAUAAUUGUAUUAUCAUCAUCAUCAUCAUCAUCUAGUGGUCGUGGUCGUAGUCGUGGCGUUGGUGGUGAUGCUGGUGAAUCCCGUCCUAUCCCUUUAGGAAUGAAUUUUCUUGCCGAUUUAAAUUUUGAGCUUUUCUCAUUUCCUACAAUUUUUAAUCAACGUCGAAUGCUGGCCGUUUACACGCAUGAAUAUGAUCCUUCAGGGACACGUUUAUUUACAGCCGGUGGUCCGAUAGCUUCUACUUUCCAUGGAAAUGUUGCCGCUCUAUGGGAAUAAAAAAGUAGUGUAUUAUUAUUAUUAUUAUUCACCACCUUCACCAACAGUCUUUCUCUCUAUACAUGUGUGUGCGUGCAUGUUUACAUCUGGAACACUUUUCUUCUUAUCUUAUAUUAUUCAACUAAUUAUUGUUGUGGUUUGUUUUGUGUGUGUGUGUAUGUGUUGCCAGAGUUACUUCCUCCCCCUCCUUCUCCUCUUUCUUUCUUUCUCUCUUUUUUCUGUGUGAAAUUGUCACUACUGAUUUGUCUGAAUUUCUUUUGCACUUGUAGAAUUUUUAAUUUAUAUAUAUAUAUUUUUGCAGAUAGAUGUGUACGUAUUUCUCUAUUUGUCCUAUUUUUAUUCUUUAUCUGACAUGAUUUCACACUUUGACACAUUGUUUCUUCUUGUUUUUAUUAUUUUGUCUACUUCGUAACUAAUUUACAAACUCUUUUCUUAUCUUUGUCUUUUGAUUUCCAUUUUUCACUGUAUUAUUAUUAUUUUCACGAGUAUAUAUAUAUAUGCAUUGACCUGCAGGCUUGCUUUAUUUUUCCUUAUUAUUAUUAUUAUCAUUACUAUUAUUUAUUGAGUCGGUUGAACUUAUUUAUAUAAAAUGACCAGUGGAUCUCAUUCACUUACCUGCCGUACCACCGUACUCACCUCACUACAAGAUUAUUCCGGCACUCUGACCAAAUUCAUAGUAGUAAACCAGUCUAGUUGAUGCGGGUAUUGGUGUGGGUGUAUAUUUUCCAUUGAUUACUUUUGUGUGAAAUCCUCUAUAUUUCUAAUGUUCAUGAUACACGGGUUUUUCAGAAAAAAAUUAACAGACAAACAAAUAGUUUACUAAAUAUUCCUCCCUAGACUCCUUGUGUCUAUCCACUAGGCUUUACCUCCUCUUCUAUACACAUACACAGACAACAGAGAAAGAGAGAGAAUAUGAUUUUGGAGCUGUUGUUGUCGUUUUUCAUUCAUUCAUUCUUGUAUGAUAUGUACAUAUUACUUCUUUUUUCGAUUAUUAGUAAAUAAAAGCGUAAUUUUCCCCGUCUAUAUUUUAUACUUUUGAUUUUUAGUUUUUAGAAGGAAAAAAAAUGUUUACUGCUUGUCUAUUAUUAUCAUCAUUAUCAUCAUCACCAUUGUUGUCUGUGAGUGAUUUUUGUUUAUAUAUGUGAAACGCC